GGUGGUGGUGGUGGUGGUGGUGAGUAUGAUUCAGCCGGUUUUCACACAUCCUAAAUGAAAUAAUGAUAAAAAGAUAACUUCCAUAAUAAUAUUAAUGACAAUAAUAAUGUGUGUGUGUGUGUGUGUGUGUGUGUGUGUGUGUGUGUGUGUGUGUGUGUGUGUGUGUGUGUGUGUUCCAGGUGGCGCAGGGCCCCGCAGGUAGUGGCGAUUGUAGCGGCGGUGACAGUGGUGGUGGCGGUGAUGGUGGUGGCGAAGGCGGUGGCUGGAACAAGGCGCGGCUGUGUUGGAGUUGCCGCGGCACGGAGGGCGGGCGGUGCGGAGGAGGUGGGGUGGGCAGGCCGGGACGCCGCGGGCGCAGCGCCGGACAAGGCAAACGGAGGGUGGCCACCGCCCGCGUCGUGCGGGUGCCGCGCAGUGUUCAGCGUGGGCGCGUGCGGCCUUUCGAGCGUGGCGGCGUUGUGGAACGGUGACGCGGCGUGGACUUCCGCGGUGGCUGGUGUGGGCGCCGGGCGGGUGCGCGGAGACCAGCCCCUCAUGCCACACCUGGCCACGCUGGCGCGCUACCUGCCACGCCUCUUUCAGGUGAAUGUGUCGCCGGAUGGCAGUGUGCAGGGCAACGCCUCUGCCAGCCGCGUGGGACACAUGGCGCCAUUGUUGCCCUGCGCCCUGCACCACUACGCACCCCAAGACGUGGCCACCUGCGCCCGCCGCCACCUGGCUGCCACGGGGUCGCCGCUGCGCCUGGCCUUCGUGGGAGACUCCCUGGUGCGCAACACUCUGCAGGAGAUGGUGCGCAGCACACGCGGAGCACUGCACUACCGCGUGGAGGGCGGGGACGAGGACGAGGCGCUCCGCUUCCUGGACAUGCCCGCCAAGUACGACACGCCCGUGCAGGCUGAUGGCCUGGACCUCAGUUUCCACUGGUCCGCCUUCCUACACAAGCCGCGCAACUUCACAGACGUGACCCACCAGGGAGCGAGGGACCUGCUGGAGGCGUGGGCUGCGGGGCGCGCUGGGCCGCGGGCUGGGGACGGGCCUCCCCCUAAUGUGGUGUGCGCGAGCAGCGGGAUGUGGGACACUUCCCUAGAGGACGACGACGAGGCCGUGGAGGGCUUCGUAAACACCCUCAACGUGAUGGGGCCGGUGCUGCAGGCGCUGGCCCGUCGCGUCCGCGUGCUGUGGCACGUGCACGGGCCCAUCAAGCCGUGGCUGGCCACUCGUGGCGUCCCCAACGCCGCCCUAGACAUGAUGAACGUGGCGUCGUGGAAGCGGCUGGGUGGCGGCGACGUGUGGCUGUGGGACUCACGCACCGUGCUGGCACUGCGCCAGUAUACAGAGUGCCGCGCCCUGCACCGCGCCGGCCUGGACGCCCUCGUGCCUCGGGAGUGGGGAUGCAGAGAUUUCCAGCACCCGGGCAAAGACGUCGAGCGCGCCGCGGUAAACAUGAUCUGGAACCUGGCGUGCAACGCGCGUCUGGCCCUACACCACUCCCACUGCUGCGCCGCCGACACGCCCCCGCCCGCCGCCACGUGACGGGACACACCCCCACCCACCUACCACUCCCAGUGCUGCGCCGCCGACCCGCCCCCGCCCGCCGCCACGUGACGGGACACACCUCCACCCACUCCUGCGCCGCCGACACGCCCCCGCCCGCCGCCACGUGACGGGACACCCCUACACCCACUGCUGCGCCGCCGACACGCCCCCGCCCGCCGCCACGUAACAAGACACACCCUCACCCAACCACCCACCACUCCCACUGCUGUGCCGCCGACCAGCAGGCACUAAGUACUGCACACACAGACAACACGCAGCACACAUCCAUACGCUCCCUGCGCGUCGCUCCAGUGAUAUUUGUAGUGAGGCGAGUCAUUAGAGUAUGGAACUUGGAACACUGCCUUUGAGUGAGCCCUGCCUGCUGGCCCGGCGGCUCGUCCAGCACACCUACAGCAGCUCAGGACAGCAGCCUCACACGUCCCACCUUUACUUUCACCUGUUUACAUUUAUUGACUGAUUUAUCUAUUUGUUUAUUUAAGAACAGUGGCCGGAGGUGAAGAAAAAUAAAGAUAAAAAUGCGACUAAGGUGUGACAGUCCCAAAAGAAAUUGAAAGAAACCAUACUUGCUGUUUGUCGCUCGCCUUGUCCACACAUCAUGUCGACUUUCUACAUGCACACGACAAUUCAUUGUAACAAUAAGUAGCGCUCUCUCUCUCUCUCUCUCUCUCUCUCUCUCUCUCUCUCUCUCUCUCUCUCUCUCUCUCUCUCUCAGACACACACCUUAUUUUCCUCCAAGUGAAGACAAGACUACAAGUACAGCAGUCUAUCAAUAUCAAGUCGCGCUCCUGCUCCUGUGUCAAAUAGAUAAUGUUUCUACUGUGUUGUGUUUCAGUGAGUCAGGCUUGUACAUACCAGGUCUGAGCUUUCUAAUAGUACGUGAAGUAAGUCAGGACAGUAUACACGCAGCGAGCAGAGGCCUCAGCGGGAACACGGCCAGAGCAUCAGAUAGACCGAAACAGUAGAAUAUCUUAACACUUUCACUUUCCGCUGUGUGUGUGUGUGUGUGUGUGUGUGUGUGUGUGUGUGUGUGUGU